UUGGGGUUCCUGUCCCUCCCAGGUGGAUUUUGGGAGGGGUUUUUGGGGUUCCGGGUCCCUCCCAGGAGGAUUUUGGGGUUCGCGGUCCCUCCCCUGCGGGGGCGGGAGCCGGUCGGACCCGCUCGGACCCGGUCGGUCCCGGUCGGACCCGGCCCCGCCCUCCAGGGCGUGCCCCCCCCGUGACCUCUGACCCCGGGGGUCACCCCGCAAUUUUGGGGGGGCACCCCCGCGCCCCAAUUAACCCUUCCAACCCCGAGGGAGCCCCUCGCUAAUUACCCUCAUUAAUUAACCCCACCCGAGCCCCGUGCGGCGCGGCCCUGGGUGGGUGGCCUCGUUGGCAUAAUUAGCGCCAUUAAUUGUGCUAAUUACGGGCCGGUCGUGCUGAUUAACCCCUGGCGUGCCGCAGCAUCCCCCUGGAGAGGGGCCCCUGGGUGCCCCCCAGGUUCUGGGGGGGCGGGGGCGGCCCCCGCAGCCGCAGUGGGGGAGGGGCGGCGGCGCCCGCGCGGCUCCGGAACUACAUGGAGGCGCAGUACUACGGCACCGUGUCCCUGGGGACCCCUCCCCAGGAUUUCCGCGUCAUUUUCGACACCGGCUCCGCCGACCUCUGGGUGCCCUCGUGGCGCUGCUGCCUGCUCUACCUGGCCUGCUGGCUCCACCCGCACUACCAGCCGCUGCUGUCGUGCACGCACCGCGCCAACGGCAGCGCCUUCGCCAUCAGCUACGGCAGCGGCAGCCUGAGGGGCUUCCUGAGCACCGACACGCUCACGAUCUCCAAUGUCACCGUGCCCAACCAGACCUUUGCCGAGGCGGUGGCGCUGCCCGGGCUGGCGUUCGCUGCGGCGCGCUUCGACGGCGUGCUGGGGCUGGCGUUCCCCGCCGCGGCCGCCGGCCCCGCCCGGCCCGUCUUCGACAACAUGAUGGAGCGGCGGCUGUUCCGGAACAACGUCUUCUCCUUCCGCCUGCGCAGGUACGCCGGGGACACCGGGACACCGGGGACACCUGGGGACCACCCCUGCCCCCCCAGGCUGUCGCUGGGGACCCCGGGGGCCGCGGGGUGCCGGGACCCCCCCCUGUGCCGGGGCGGCUGCGAGGCCAUCGUGGACACGGGGACGUCGCUGCUCACCGGGCCCAGCCACGAGGUGGCCGCGCUCAACCGCGCCCUGGGGGCCACCGGCGGCAUCGGGGGGCAGGUACGGACAGAGGUGGCCGCGCUCAACCGCGCCCUGGGGGCCACCGGCGGCAUCGGGGGGCAGUACCUGCUGGACUGUGACAAGGUCCCGUCCCUGCCCAACGUCACCUUCGUCCUGGGGGGCAAGGAGUUCACGCUCGGCCCCCAGCACUACGUGCUGCAGUACCUGCUGGACUGUGACAAGGUCCCGUCCCUGCCCAACGUCACCUUCGUCCUGGGGGGCAAGGAGUUCACGCUGUCGCUGGGGACCCCGGGGGUGGCGGGGUGCCGGGACCCCCCCCUGUGCCGGGGCGGCUGCGAGGCCAUCGUGGACACGGGGACGUCGCUGCUCACCGGGCCCAGCCACGAGGUGGCCGCGCUCAACCGCGCCCUGGGGGCCACCGGCGGCAUCGGGGGGCAGUACCUGCUGGACUGUGACAAGGUCCCGUCCCUGCCCAACGUCACCUUCGUCCUGGGGGGCAAGGAGUUCACGCUCGGCCCCCAGCACUACGUGCUGCAGGUGUCCCAGUGGGGGUCCCCCACGUGUGUCAGUGGCUUCAUGGCCCUGGACGUCCCCGCGCCCGCGGGGCCCCUCUGGAUCCUGGGGGACGUUUUCCUGGCCGUGCACUACGCCGUGUUCGACCGCGACCGCGACCGCGUGGGGCUGGCACGCAGCAAGUGACACCGGGGACACCCUGGGGACACUGCCAGGACACCCCCAGGACACCCCAAGGACUCCUCGGGAUGAUUGGGACACCUCGGGGACCACCCUGGGGACAUCUGCGUCCUCCCUGGGGACACCUGGGUGUCCCCAAGUGACCCCAAGGACCCCCGGGGACCCCCUGGAUGUCACCCCAGGGUCACCCGGCUCCUCUCGGGACCCCCUGGAUGUCACCCCAGGUCACCUGGGACCCCCUGGAUGUCACCCCGGCAUCACCUGGCUCCUUUUGGGACCCCCUGGAUGUCACCUGGGGUCACCUGGCCCCUCUCAGGACCCCCUGGAUGUCACUUGGGGUCACCUGGCCCCUCUCAGGACCCCCUGGAUGUCACCUGGGGUCACCUGGCCCCUCUCUGGGACCCCUGGGGACCCCCUGGAUGUCACCUGGGGUCACCUGGGACCCUCUGGAUGUCACCCGGGGUCACCUGGGACCCCCUGGAUGUCACCGGGGUCCCCUUGGGGGGCCCCAAUAAAGCUGCUGGUUUGGGGGCUCCUGGUCCUGCCUCUUUCCUGGGGGGGACCCCAAGUGACAGUGACGCCCCCUCCCCACCCAGUCCUUCCCAGUAACCCCCAGUGCCCCCCAGUCCCUCCCAGUGACCCCCAAUCCCCCCAUUAAUGGG